CACCCACUCCCGUGCGCGCCCGGCCAGAAGCGUCCUCGUCGCCGCCCCUCGCCUCGGAGCCGCAGCCCGCGUGGACGCUCUCGCCUGAGCGCCCCGGACCAGCCCGGGUGGCCCACUGGCUCGCGGGCGAGCGCUCGGGCGCUCCCGGCCGGCAGCGCGGGGGUUAAGCGGCCCAAGUAAACGUAGCGCGGCGAUCGGCUCCGGAGAUUCGCGAGCCCGGCACCCCGCGCCGACCGCCGGCCACGACCCGCGGCGCGACCGCGGCGCCGCGCCACAGCCAGCCUCGCGACAGCUGACCAUGAAGGGAGACAGCAGACAUCUGAAUGAGGAAGAGGGUGCCAGCGGGUACGAGGAUUGUGUCAUCAUCGAUGGGCCCUGUAGUGACCAGUCCUCAGACACGAAGGAUGCUCCCUCACCCCCAGUCUUGGAGGCAAUCUGCACAGAGCCAGUCUGCACACCAGAGACCAGAGGCCGCAGAUCAAGCUCACGGCUGUCUAAGAGGGAGGUCUCCAGCCUUCUGAAUUACGCGCAGGACCUGACAAGAGAUGGAGAUGGGGAUGAUGAAGUGGAUGAUGGGGAUGGCUCUGAUAUUCUAAUGCCAAAGCUCACCCGUGAGACCAGGGACACCAGGACAUCCUCUGAAAGCCCAGCCGUCCGAACUCGAAAUAGCAACGGUACCUCCAGCCUGGAGAGGCAAAGAGCCUCCCCUAGAAUCACUCGAGGCCGGCAGGGCCGCCACCAUGUGCAGGAGUACCCCGUGGAGUUCCCGGCCACCAGGUCUCGGAGGCGUCGAGCCUCAUCUACAGCGAGUACACCAUGGUCAUCCCCUGCCAGCACUGACCUCAUGGAAGAUGUGACACCUAAGAGCAGCAGUAUUCCAUCGGUUGACUUGACCCAGGAUGAUCAUCAGGAGGACAUGGAUACCACACAGGUGGAUACAGAGAGCAGAGAUGGAGACAGCACUGAGUACCAGGAUGAGAAGGAAUUUGGAAUAGGUGACCUCGUGUGGGGAAAGAUCAAGGGCUUCUCCUGGUGGCCUGCCAUGGUGGUGUCCUGGAAAGCCACCGCCAAGCGCCAGGCCAUGCCCGGAAUGCGCUGGGUGCAGUGGUUUGGUGAUGGCAAGUUUUCUGAGAUCUCUGCUGACAAACUGGUGGCUCUGGGGCUGUUCAGCCAGCACUUUAAUCUGGCCACCUUUAAUAAACUGGUUUCUUAUAGGAAGGCCAUGUACCACACUCUGGAGAAAGCCAGGGUGCGAGCUGGCAAGACCUUCCCCAGCAGCCCUGGAGACUCACUGGAGGACCAGCUGAAGCCCAUGCUGGAGUGGGCCCACGGGGGCUUCAAGCCCACUGGAAUCGAGGGCCUCAAACCCAACAACAAGCAACCAGUGGUUAAUAAGUCGAAGGUGCGCCAUUCAGGCAGUAGGAACUUAGAACCCAGGAGACGCGGUAUUACCUCACCAUCUUAAGUGGUUUUCUUUGCUCUCUCUUGCAAUUUCUUGACAUCUACCACUCACUGGAGAAGAGUCAAAUCUGCUAAACUGAUCUGAGUCACUCCCCCGCACUCCCCA